CCUGGAAGUGCGGUUGCUGAGAACAUCUUGGAGCUGGCAGAGCUGGUCAAGACGUUGCUGAAGAAGCUGGAUGCAAAGAGGUGAGUGGGGACCGCUGAGAUGCGCUGCACUUGGCUGAAGUGCACCUCUACUCUGCUCGAAGGAGCUGCUACAAGCCUGUGAGGAAGCUGACGGCUUUCUUCCACUUCUCUCCAGCCUGACCUUGGUCGAUCACUACAACACCACCCUCUAUAUCAGCACCGACUCAUCAGCAGGGAUGUCAUCGUCCCCGACGCCAGUGCGCUUCCUCUCCUCUUCCAGCGUACCCUCCACACCUGCAAGCUACCUACCCGAGCCCACCCAGCCCUUUGCACCCCCAAACUACCUCUCCCACCCUACGCAUACGGUCUCAUCUUUGCUUCUACAAGAAGCCAUCUACGCAGGCAUCCCCUCGCAGGUCUUCCUGCUCCCUAGCACUGUACAGCAAGCUCGUCCUCACACCAGGCUCGUCAGCAGGAAACGGAAGUCGAAGAAGAAAAAAUCACAGGGCAUGCAGGGACUGAGUCUAGAGGAGGAGUUUCCGUCUGAUGAAGAUGAAGAGGAGGAGGAGGCGCAGGAUGAGGUUGAUCCCGCGCCACUGCAGGUGGACCUCGUGGGGUCAAAGGCGAAGGGAGGCACUGGCCCGCCGAUGGCAGCGUUCGUGGAGAGCAGGAGGAAAGUGGCAGCCAGGCGAAGAGCAGUAGCCAGUGGCAUGUAUGUGUGAAAAAUCACCCGCAAAAAAAAUGCGAUAGCGCUGAUUUGAUGAGUCUAGAUGUCUUGUAUCUUGUCCGGCGUCCUAGAUAGCAAUUUCCGAAAGGG